AACAGGGAUCCUCACAUGUAUCGCCAUCUUACUUGAGUUCAGACCGGCGGAGUUCUGCAACGGGAAGGUACUAUCGCGCCCGACUGAGGUGUAUAGAGUAUUUUCUGUAGUUAAAACACUACGAACUACAAAAUGUCUCACAGUACGGAGAACACAGACAAGCAGAGCACCCUACAGGCGCUGCUACAGAAUGCGAUGUUGGCUCCUCCAGAGCCAGGCAAAACCGACAAUGGCGACAAGAAGAAGCUUGAGGAUGCUGAUGAGAUGGACCCCAAUGUCAUGGCAUCUGCCUUCUUGGGACCCAACUUAUGGGAUAAUGUGGAUGACUUCAAGGACUUCAAGCUGGAGGCUAUCGACCUGGAUGACUUCUUCGCAGAAGCUGGGAUCCUUGUUCCACAGGACGUCCCGGUGGGCGACCCCAGUACUGCAGGGUUACCGCAGAUCCCUGACCCUAAAUCUCCAGAACCUGCAGCUUCAACAUCAUUCUCCCCGUCUCCACUGGAGGCUACAACAAGUACAUCCAUCAGCAGCCCCGAGCCAGUAUUGUCUCCGGGUGUCUCCCCUCCCCACAUCAGUAUGGAGGAGGUGAUUCCAGAGGUGGAGUACGACGUCUCGCCAACUGAUGUGGCCCUUGCCUCCAUCCCAGGAAAGGAAGAGUUCAAUCCUCGCAAACGAGCCUUCAGUGAGGAGGAACUCAGGCCACAGCCCAUGAUCAAAAAGUCACGCAAGAUAUUUGUUCCUGAGGACUUGAAGGACGACAAGUACUGGGAGCGCCGCAAGAAGAACAACGUGGCGGCCAAGAGAUCACGGGAUGCAAGGCGGAUCAAGGAGAACCAAGUGGCACUGCGAGCAUCUUUCCUGGAGAAAGAGAAUGCUACCUUGAAGGAGGAGUUGCUGAAGGCUAAGGAGGAAAAUGUGAUCCUGUCCAAGAAACUUUUGAAGUAUGAACAACAGAACAGAGUCUGAGAAACAUGAUGAUGAUGGUGGAGCCAGGGAAAUCAAACAGCUUAGCAAAGUAACUGUACUGUACAUACUGUGUUUUUGUUUGCAGGCAAUUAAAUUCAGUUAUCUGUUUUAGGUUUGUUAUUGUUUGCAAUUGUUAUUUGCUCAAAAGUCGAUGGGAGAUGGUUAAGAGUAGUAUCAAAACCCACUAGCACUGCUUACAUCCUGUAUUGUUUUUCUUCGUCCUCUUUUUAAUGUAGACCAUACCUUUUAACUCCACGUGGCUAUUUUUGGUCAGGGAUGUCAAAAACGCACAAACUCAACUGAUACAGAGUUACAAAGAGUUGAUUAGGGUGAGACUUGAGAGAAUCUAUAUAUGGUACAUUCUUGUUUAAAGUUGGUCCUGCCAUGAAGUAUUGUGGCUCAGGUGUAGAUAAGGAGAUCUAGUGAAGUUAAAAUUGAAUGGGUGCACAUUUUUAGUAGGAUACAUCAGAUAGUACUCAGCACCUAGAAAUUUAUUAAAAUGAUAAGUUACCUAGAAAAGGCUAGAGGUAGAUGACAUGAGUUUGGGGUUUCUAUGCAUGGAAUACUAGUGUGGAAAAAUAGUGUGAUCAUAUGCAAAUUAGAUUAUUGCAAGGUAUCUUCUGAUGUUCUGAUCUAUCGUGGCUGGUGUGUGUGUGAAAACUUGUACAUUACAUUUGUUAUUACUCCGUCAAGUUUUCUUGUUACAGGUUUAAAGAAAAAGUUGUAACCGUUAGCCACAUUAGCAGAAAAGAUGCUUUGCUCUCUCCCCUUCAACCUUUUAUAGGUAAAAAUUGGUACAUUUUGUAAUUUCACAUUUAUUUCUAUCAAAUUGAACUUCAUCAGGUAUUGUUAAGAAAUCGAUACUUCAGCAUCUAUGUUGGUUGUUGCUGUAUGUUUUCACAUUCAUCUUUUUAAAGUACACUGUACACCCCAUUCCAGAUGUUAUAUGUAACGUUAUAGGGUGGUCUACUGCAACAAAAGUAAUGUUAGGCAUUUAGGUUAUGUUUAAGUUUCCACUAUUUUACUUUUUCUAGUUUUAGACAUUUACUUUAUAGGAUAGCUUUCAAUUUUGUGUAUUCAAUUGUUUGUAAAAGUGGGUGUGAAUUCCUCUGGUGGUAUUGGAAAGGGUUGGUCUGAGAGUUGGUAUAGUUCCAUGACCACUAUUAUCCCCGUUUAUUUCCUUCUCCAUCACAUGUCAUAAUCAAGCUUCAUACUGUCCCUUUAAUGUCUAUGUGACUAGAGAAAUGUCACUUCUGUUUUAUUAAAUGCCCUUAGCAAGCA